UGAGGCGUCCGGGGGUGCCGGGUCGGGCAGUCUGCGAGUUCAGCAGGGUCUAAAACGGGGGCAUGGCUGGGACACCCUGCAGGGACGGCGGUCUGUCUGUCCCUGCGGCAUCUCGGGAGGGGGUGUGUCAGUUGGAGGGAAAUGGGAGCCCUGCACAAGGUGCUUUGUGGCUGGGGUGUAGUGCUCUGUAGAGCUAGUGUAUCGGAGCUAGUCUGGGUGACCUAGUUUGGAAAUCCUAAGUAGCUUAAUCUGGGUUAAUUCCACUAAACUAACAGAAAGUUAGCGCAUGUCUCACCUGUCUUUGCUGCUUCUCGGGAUUCAGUCUCGCUCAAGUAUCUAUGACUGUGAUACGCAUUGUAUGUAUGUUAUGGUAGAGGAGCAGCUGUUUGUACUGGUGCCCAAUGUCCCUGUGAUGAUGAGGAAUCUGCGUGGUGCUUGGGCUGCUUCUGCUUUGCGCGGUCUCUGGUAGGCCGUCCUGGAUGUCCUACCAAGUUCUGAUAGUACGUAUUGCAUUGACUUCCAGGUACAUGACAAGUCACCGUCACCUAUAGCAUCUGGCUGAAAAUACUAUAAAAUCAAUAUGGCACCCAUUUUAGAUUGGAAGAAGCUUAUGAGAGUUGAUCCAGAUGCUUUGCCUUGUCAAGAGGAACUAGCAGACAGAUUGCUAGAGACUGUGUCCAAGGUUGAUGGGAAAAUCUUGAAAAAUGAAACUCCUGAACAGUUGAUACAUCUUUUUAAAAUUACUCAGUCACUAAUGAAGAUGAAAGCUCAAGAGGUGGAGCUGGCACUAGAGGAAGUUGAAAAAGCUGGGGAAGAACAAGCCAAAUGUGAAAAUCUAUUUAAAACAAAAGUGAUGAAGCUGGAAAAUGAAUUAGAGAUGGCACAAAGAUCUGCUGGUGGUCGUGAUACUCGUUUUUUGCGUGAUGAGAUCCGCCAACUGGAGAAACAAGUAGAACAAAAAGAGAGACAGUUAAUGGAAAUAGAAAAGGAAUUGGAAAAAGAGAAGAAAGUGAAUGAACAGCUUGCUCUUCGAAAUGAAGAUACAGAAAAUGAAAACAUCAAAUUAAGGAGAGAGAAUGAACAAUUACGUCAGGAUGUAAUUGACUACCAGAGGCAAAUAGAUUCUCAAAAAGAAACAGUUCUGUCACGAAGAGGAGAUUAUUCUGAUUACAGAUCUCAGUUGUCCAAAAAGAACUUGGAGCUUGUCCAGUAUUUGGAUGAAAUUCAGAGUUUGACUGAAACUAAUGAGAAGUUAGACAUUCAAAACCAAGAAAUGAGAAAGAAUCUUGAGGAAUCAGUGCAAGAAAUGGAGAAGAUGACAGAUGAAUAUAAUAAAAUGAAACUAAUUGUGCAACAAUCUGAUAUUGUUAUGGAUCAGUUAAGAAAGGAGAAAGAACAGUACAAAUUUCAAGUUCAGGAGCUUUCAGACCAGCUGAAAGCAAAGAAUGAGGAAGAUGAUCCACUCAUGGCAGCUGUAAAUGAAAAAGUUGAAGAAUGGAAGAAAAUCUUAGCUUCAAAAGAUGAUGAACUCAUAGAGUAUCAGCAAAUGUUGUUUAACAUGAAAGAGGAAAUAAAAAUGGCCCGACUUGAUGUAGACAGAAAUAGUAUACUGGCCCUUCAGCAGAUAAUAUCUGAACUCUAUGUUGGUGUGCAAGAGCGAGAUGCUCAGAUAAGACUUCUUACUGAGCAAGUCGAACAGUAUACCAAAGAAAUGGAACAAAAUGCAUUUCUUAUCGAGGAAUUAAAAAAUGAUCUCCAAAAAGAUAAAGGUCUCUCAACUCUUGUUCAGCAGAAUCGUUUAGGAGAAAUGCAGGAAAAGUUAAACUUGCUAGAGGAGAGAACAAAGGAGGCUGAGAAGUCUGCAGAACUAGCCGAAGCAGAUGCUAAAGAAAAGGACAAAGAACUUGUUGAGGCUCUGAAACGAAUGAAAGACUAUGAACUGGGAAUAUAUGGUUUGGAAGAGGCUGUUGCUGAAAUAAAGGAUUUAAAAAAGCAAAUCAAAAUAAGAGAUCACGAGAUUGAAACCUUAAUUAAGGAAGUCAAUAAACUUGAACUGAAAAUAAAUGAUUUUCUUGAUGAAAAUGAAGAGCUUAGAGAGCGCUUAGGUCUUGAGCCAAAGGCAAUGAUUGAUUUAAAUGAAAUCAGAAACAGCAAAGUACUAAAACAGCAGCAAUAUAGAGCUGAAAACCAUAUUCUUUUGAAAGAGAUUGAAAGACUAGAAGAAGAAAGAAUUGAAUUGAAAAAACAGGUUCGUAAGUUGGCUCAGGAGAAAGGAAGAAGAGUUGCAACAAAUGCAUUGGAUGCUGGUGAUGUGCAGAUAACAGAUAGCUUUACUGAAGAGAAGUGGAUGAAUAAGAGGAAGUUUGAUUUCUUGGACACCCAUGAUAUUGCUGAAGUAAAGGCAAAGAAUGAGCAGAUAUACAGAGAUUUGUUGAUCAAGAAUAUACUGAAUAGUUAUCCAGAAUUACAGCUUGAAAAAUGGAGAAGCCAGGCAGUGCAGAAUGAGUAUCUUGCAAAAGAACUAAGUGAAAGAGAGAGAGAUUUGGAAAAGAACAGGACUGUAAUAGUCACAUUUCAAUCUAAAUUAAAAGCAUUAUCAGAAGAGAAUAAACAACUUGAACAAGGAAUGAAAGAAAUACUGCAAGCUGUCAAGGAAAUGCAGAAUGAUCCUAGUGUGAAGGGAGGAGAAACAGCCUUAACAAUCCCUAGUUUGGACCGUUUAGUCAAUGCAAUUGAGUCAAAAAACACAGAGGGAAUCUUUGAUGCUAGUGUGCACUUGAAAGCUCAGGUUGACCAACUUACAGGACGAAAUGAAGAAUUAAGACAGGAACUGAAACAGAGUCAGAAGGAGGCAACAAGUUUCUCUAAUCAGCUGGCAAAUGCAAAUGAAAAGAUUACACAACUGAAAAAUGAAAUUUGCUUAUUACGUCAAUCAGAAGGUGCCAAUAUUGUCUUCAAAACAGUGAAUCUUCCAGAAGGGAUGGCUCUUUCAAGUGUUAAUAUGAUUAAUUCUCUGAAUGAAUACUUAAUACGUCUUAUACAGGAACUGGAAAAUAAAGAACGGUUACUUAAACAAUUAGAAGACUCCGUAAAGGACUAUAAGCAAAAAUUUGCAGUAAUUCGUCAUCAACAAGGCUUGCUUUAUAAAGAGUAUCAAAGUGAAAAGAAAAGCUGGCAGAAAGAAUCAGAAGAAAUGAAAGAGGAAAAGAAAAAGCUAGAAGAGCAAAAAGAACAGGAUGCUACAAAAAUAAAGGAAUAUUUUAAUUUACUCAGUGCACUUCAGCUGGAUCCUGAUGAAACAAAAAAAUUACUUGCAGAAAAUAAUAGAAAAAUAACUGUAUUACAAGUUAAUGAAAGGUCAUUAACAAGGCAGUAUACCACUUUACUUGAAAUGGAACGGCAUCUUAGAAAAGAAAAUGAGAAACUGAAGAGUGAAAUGACACAUAUGGAGACUGCAGUUAUAGGGAAAAUUGGACACUUGCAGCGAUUCAAGGAAAUGGCUAGCUUUAAGAUUGCAGCUCUGCAAAAAGUGUUGGAUGGUAGUGUGCUGUUGUCUGAGUUAGAACUGGCUAAUAAGCAGUAUAAUACAUUAACUGCUAAAUACAGAGAUAUGUUACAAAAAGAUAACUUGCUCGUCCAACGGACAACAAACAUGGAGCACAUGGAGCGUGAAAAUGAAUCCUUGAAAGCACAGAUAAAUUUAUUGAAUAAGGAACUGGAAAUCACAAAAGAGAAACUUCAUACUAUAGAACAGGCUUGGGAACAAAUGACUAAACUGGGGGAUGACAAUGCCAUGGACAAGGCCUCAAAAGUGAUAACCAACAGUGAAAUUUUGUCCAUUUCUAAGAAAAUUGCAAUGCUGGAAAUGAAGGAACUAAAUGAAAGACAGAGAGCAGAACAUUCACAACAAAUGUAUGAACAUUUAAGGAAUACACUAAAGCAAGUAGAAGAACGCAAUUUUGAAUUGGAAACAAAGUUUGCUGAGCUCACCAAAAUCAACCUUGAGGCACAGAAAGUAGAACAGGAAUUAAGAGAUGAACUCUCAAAUAGUGUAAGUAAGGCAGUAAGUGAUGCAGACAGACGACAAAUCAUGGACUUAGAGAAGCGUGAGAUGGAGCUCAAGAUUGAAGUAUCAAAGUUAAGAGAACUGUCUGAUGUUGCAAACAUGCAAGUUGAAGCUUUAGAGGCUCGCCAACAAUGUAGAGAGAAGGAAGUAGAAUCUCUUAGAAUGCAAGUUUUAGACUGUCAGGCACAGUCAGAUGAAAAAGCAGUUAUUGCAAAACUGCAUCAGCAUAUCAUAGCCCUUCAAGGCAGUGAAUCCAUUGCUGUAGGCAAGCUAGAGACACUAAAAUUGAAACUACAGAAGAUGGAGAUCCAUAAUCUACGUUUAGAGCAGAAACUUGAUGAGAGAGAGCAAGCCCUGUAUUUUGCCCGACUGGAAGGAAGGAAUAGAGCCAAACACCUACGACAGACAGUUCAGUCUUUGCGGCGACAGUUCAGCGGUGCUCUGCCUUUAGUACAACAAGAAAAAUUCUCUAAAACAAUGAUUCAGCUACAGAAUGACAAACUAAAGAUCCUGGAAGAAGUUCGGCAUGCCCAGCAGGAGCGUCGAAAUGCAGAAAACAGAGCACUGGAGGUGGAGUUAAAGCUGAAAAGUUUAGAAGAAUUAUUAAUUACAUUGAAGGAUACAAGAGGAGCUCAAAAGGUAAUAGAAUGGCAUUUGAAGAUGGAGGAACUCCAUCUGCUGGAACUUAAACUCAAUCGAGAGUUACUCAAGCAAAAGGAAGAGAUAAAGUAUUUGCGUAAUAUAAUUUCAGAAUAUGAAUGUACAAUCAAUAAUCUGGAAGAAGAAAUUGUGCAGCAGAACAAGCUUCAUGAAGAAAGGCAAAUGGCUUGGGACCAGAGGGAGGUAGAAUUGCAGCGCCAAUUAGAUGUAUAUGAUCAUCAGCAAAAUGAAAUACUUAGUACAGCUCUAAAGUUAGAAGAAGCCACAGGAUCAGUUCCAGACCCUAAUUUGCCUCUCCCACAACAACUUGAGCUGGCUUUGAGAAAGAUUCGGGAGCAUAUUCGAAUAAUCGUGGAAACAAGGGCAACCUGCAAAUCACUAGAGGAGAAAUUAAAAGAAAAGGAAACUGCUCUGUGGAAAGCCGAACAAAAUGUCUUAUCAAGAGACAAAGUUAUAAAUGAACUAAGACUUCAUUUACCUGCAACAUCAGAAAGAGAGAAAAUAAUAGCUGAAUUAAGCAAAAAAGAAGAUGAUCCAGAGUACCAUCAUGCAAUAAAAAUUGCUCAUCAAACCAUUGCAAAUAUGCAAGCAAGAUUAAAUCAGAAGGAGGAAGUGCUAAAAAAAUACCAACAUUUGCUGGCUAAAGCGAGAGAGGAACAAGAGGAAAUAGCAAAGAAACAUGAAGAAGACCUUAGAGUUCUACACCAGAAGUUAGACUUAUGUACAGACAAUUCCCUUAAUAAAUUCAAACAGACUGCUUUGGAGUUAAUGGAAAAGCCUUCAUCACUUCCCAGCAGCAAACAUUUCCUCCGUUUAGCUGAAAUGGAACAAACUGUAGUAGAACAGGACAAUUCUCUUGCUUCACUUGUUGGCAAAUUGAAGAAAACAUCAUCUGAUUUAGAGAAGCAAAAACAAAUUACUUUAAUGAAAAUCAAAGAAUUUCAGACUAUCAGAGCCCAGCUUCAGGAAAAGCACACAGUUGAUGUGGAACAAUUGAAAGAUGAAGCAAAUGGAUUGAAGAACUUGUUAUCUCAGAUGGAGAAAGAAUUAACCAAUGUAAAAGCUGAACUAGAAGCUCAAAAAGAAGCAAAUAAAAGAGCGCCCACAGCAACACUGAAAAACCUGGUGGAACAGCUGAAGAGCCAGUUAGCCAUAAAAGAGAAGCAGCAGAAAGCUCUGAGCAAAGCACUUUUGGAACUCCGAGCAGAAAUGACCGCUAAUGCUGAACAGCAGAUUAUUUCUGCAGCAUCACAAAAAGAGGCAUAUAUGAAUGUCCAGGAGAUUGUUGACAGGGAAACAAAGGGGCUCAUGACACAGAUAGAGGAAUUAAAUAAUCAGAUUUCAAAACUUACAGAUAACCUUAAAAUAAGUAAAAACAGGGAGAGUGCUUUGUUAGAUGAAAAGGAAGAGUUGAACCAAGAACUUCAGAAGAAACAAAAAACAUUCACUAAAAUAAUGAGAGAAAAAAAUGAAAUCGAAAAGGAGAAUGAAGAACUGAAGAAACGGAUUAGGAGACUUACCAGUAGCAUUCAGAACAAAGCUGAUGAGCAAAAUCUGACAGAUGUACUUCAGAAAAAAGUUAAAAAGUUGGAAAAUGAACUUCAGAAGAAAUAUGAAGAAACGGAAAGAAAAAGCGUAAGAGAAGACAAGACCUCCAAGGAGGAAAUAAUUAGAUGGGAAGAAAGCAAAAAAUGGCAAAUCAGAACGGAAGGGAUGCGGAACAAACUAAAAGAAAAGGAAAAAGAAAUGGAUACUUUGGUCAAACAGUUCAGUACACUGAAGGAACUUUAUAAUAAGGCUGAAAAAGAGAAAAUUACUCUACAGAAGAAACUGAAAACUACUGGUGUCACUGUUGACCGUGUUGUUGGAGUAAGAGCCUCAGAGACUGAAAAAGAGCUGGAAGAACUAAGAAAACGGAAUCUAGAUUUAGAAAAUGAAGUUGCUCAUAUGAGAACACAGCAAGCAAUCCCACGAGAUUCUGUUGUAGAAGAGUUACAUUUAAAAAAUCAAUACCUCCAGGAAAAGCUUCAUGCAUUGCAGAGACAGUAUUCAAGAGAGACAUAUUCUAGGCCCUCGAGUACAUGUUACCAAAUUGAACUGACUAACUCUGUUCCUGUCAGUAUCAGUAAACAGGAGUAUUUGAAUUACCUUCAAAAGAAACCUAUUUCAAAUAGGGAUGAAAUCAAACAUCAGACUAAUCUUAGAAUUACUGGUGGCAAUGAAAUAGAUGAGGAAGCAGGCAUACAAACAUUCAUCGUGCAUAAUGAAGGUUGUGAGGCUACGAAAGAUGCAAGUGCUGAAGUGUCUUCUGAACAGCACCCUGAAGAUAAUGAACAAUGCAAGGACACAGAUAUUUCUUGGGAAGGAUUGAAAAACACCAAUAAAGCUGAAGAUGUUGGAGAGAAUCAGAGUGAUAAAAAAGAAAAUAUAACCCAACCUGAAAAUGGAAAAAAUAAUGAGGAAUUUGAAGAGCAGGAGAGGAAGCAAGAAAUAUGCAAACAAUCAAAUGUUGAUGGAAAAAAAAGUGUAGAAGAGCCUUACAUUGACAGAAUGAGCUGCAAUCAGUCUGAUUCAGGAGAGCCUUCUAAUCAAGCUAACAACUAUGAAGCAGAAAAAAUAAAUGUCAAUAAUGAAAUGAAUCAACACACUCCAGAGAAUAAAUGUGAAACUUACCGAAGUGGUACAGAGGGAGUUGUAAUAACCCCAGAACUCUGUGAAAUGCCUGAGACGUCAGGAGUAGGAUCAGAUGAUCAAUAUCGAAGAGAACAAGAAGUUCUAAAGGAAAAUUUAAGAUUAUCAUCUGAAAAUGUUGAGCUAAGAUUCCAGCUAGAGCAGGCCAAUAGAGAUUUGCCAAGACUAAAGGACCAAGUGGGUGACUUAAAAGAAAUGUGUGAACUUCUCAAAAAGGAGAAAGCAGAUCUUGAACGAAAACUGGGCAAUGUUAGAGGGGCUGGUAGAAGUGGAAAGACAGUCCCAGAACUGGAAAAAACAAUUGGUUUGAUGAAAAAGGUUGUAGAGAGAGUCCAAAGGGAAAAUGAAGAUCUGAAAAAAGCUCCAGCUGUGGUUUCUAAUGUGAAAUUACUUGGUCUUGAACAGGAAAAUGAGAAGUUAAAGUCUGAAGUGGAAAAAAUGAAACUUCAUCGGGGGGGGCAGCUGAGUAUGCAUUAUGAAUCUAAAACCAAAGGAAUGGAAAAAGUCAUUGCUGAAAAUGAGAGGCUACGAAAAGAGCUGAAGAAGGAAGCUGACAGUGGAGAGAAGCUACGAAUAGCAAAGAAUAACUUGGAGAUAUUAAAUGAGAAGUUAACCAUACAGCUGGAGGAAGCCAUUAAGAGGCUAAAUUUGGCUGAGAACACAGGCCCUCAGCUCGAUGAAGCUGACAGGAAAAGCUGGAAAUCAGUUGUUGCAACAAGGAUGCAUGAAACAAAGUUGAAGGAACUGGAAAUGGAUAUUGCUAAAAAAAACCAAAGCAUUACUAACCUUAAACAGCUGCUUCAGGAGGCAACAGAACGUGAACAUAAUGCUGAUAAAAACUUAAAAGAUCUGAAAGAACAAGUUGAGCUUCUCAAACACUUUUCUGAAGACGCAAGGACAGAACAAGGCCUCAUCAGGGAGCUUCAGCUUUUAAGAUCAACUAAUAAUCAAUUAGAGAAAGAAAAAGCAGAACUAGCUCACCAGGUGGAAAACUAUAAGCACCACAUACAUACGUAUACAAGUGAAGGUCCUGCAGCUGGACCUAACGAAAUUGUAGAGAAGGAUAAAAAAGACAAGGGAAUGACGGAUGUAGCUGACCUCCAGGCACAGUUAAAAGCCUCAGAAUUAGAAAAACAGCAAUUAAAGGAAGAAACAAAAAAGCUGAGAAAAGAACUGGAAAACUUCAACCCUUCCUUUUUUGAAGAAAUUGAGGAUCUGAAAUAUAACUAUAAUGAAGAAGUAAAAAAAAAUAUUAUUUUAGAAGAAAGAUUAAAGCAGCUUUCUGAAGAGUUUGGUAUUCAAGUGGAUAGUCCAGCCAAUGUUUCCAUUGAUUAGGCUAAUGUUUAGUAUCCUCAAUAUUGAUAUAGAAAAUAAAUUCUGGGGCAGUUACAUAAUACUGAUUUGUCUAUUUUCUUUCUGGAAUGAUACAAAUUAUUAAAGUUACAAUGGCUUGGCAUACCACAGCAUGCAGAAUUGGAUUAGGCGGUGGAUUGUGGCACACACCAGUCAAAAUGAAAAACAGCUUUACCUCCCCCAGACACAUAGCAAUAUUAAUUCAGAACAGUAAUUGGGGUUAUAUGUAUUUUUCAGAAGUCCAAGCUUUCAACUCCACUUAGAAGUUCAGAAAAUCUGCAUGCAUACUGUGUAUGCUGAAUUCCAGAUCAAUAGUACUAUAUAAUUUAUUCUUGCUGUCUUGUGCUGUAAUACGUCUUGACUAUGGUUGUCUCUUAUAAUAUCACUAUUUACAUUUACUGAAAUUUUACAAAAUUCAAGAAUGAACAACUGAAAAUAAACAGUAUUCUUCUAUAUAAAGAAAUGUGCAGCUAUGUGAAAUUUUACAUUUUAUAUACUUUAUACAGAUGUGUACUUUAUAGUGCAAAUAAACAAAGCCCACUCAAAACAUCACGCAUUCUCACUUUUAUUUAUGCCAUCUUUUUUCAAAUACUUAAUAUAUCCUUGAUAAAUUUAGAUGCAGUCUCAAAAUGCCUAUUACUAAACCAAGUCACAUCUUUUUCUAGUUACUACGGAUCUUCAAAAUAGAAUGAGUAUAAUUCCUAUUACUUACUUUGAUCUUUGUCCCAAAUUAUGAAAUAACUUAAUUAGGUUUUCAGGCACUAGCAUAAUGCUGAAACUUAUCAGUUAAAUAAUACAGUGAAUGCCUUCCCCAAGAAGAACUCGAACCUUUAAAAAAUUAUCACAUUUCAGGCCUAAUUCUAGUCCCACCAGAAAUCUGUCUUGCGCUGGUAAGAAAAAACAAUCUGAAUUCUACAUGUUACAGUAAUUAUAUUUAGAAAAGGGCAGUCUAUGGAACUUUUACAGUUGUUGGCAUUCAUUAACUAAACUACUCGGAUCAGCCAGUAUUGGACAACACACUAUUUGACCAUAACGGUUCCAAGAAUGGGUACACAAAUUAAGGAUUUUUUCAGAAGUGAU